AUGAAGUUCUCUCUCCUUUCUCCCCUAAUCUGUGUGGCUGUCGUGUCUGCGGCGACCACCUCUCUUCACCGUAGAAAAUCAUCCAUACUAAUCGACCCUGACGCACAGCCCAGUCUUCCCACCGUCAAGCAAGCCAAAGUGGCUGCCAGCGCAGUAGGGCUCAAUCUGACUAAUAUCCAAGGCGACAUCUUGAUCGGAAUGAAAAAGAAGAAGGAGCUAUUCUUUUUCUUUGGAAUUGCCGACGCGACGGCGUUCAAAUCGAACCUUAAGACCCACAUUCUUCCCCUCGUUACAAAUACGCCUGAAUUGCUCUCCGUGUCCACCCAGCCAGUCACUGCACUCAACAUCGCAUUUUCGAAGAAGGGUCUGGACGCGUUGGGUGUCACAGAUGGUUUGGGUGACACACCCUUCGCAAACGGGCAAUUGGCUAGUGCUAGUGCUCUGGGUGACCCUGGAACCACGAAUUGGGUACCUCAAUUUACGAGUACUGGUAUCCACGGCGUCAUUCUGCUCGCGAGUGACACCCUCGACAACAUCAAUGACUCGCUCACGACCCUGAAAUCGAACCUUGGCUCGUCCAUUACCGAGAUCUAUUCGUUGCAAGGUGCGGCUAGGCCAGGUGCGGAGGAGGGUCAUGAACAUUUCGGUUAUCUCGAUGGCAUCUCGAAUCCUGCUGUUCAAGGUUUCCAAUCGCCGCUUCCCGGUCAAGCUGUUGUUCAGCCUGGGGAGAUUCUGGUUGGCGAGGCCGGUGAUCCAUCCCUGAAAUCUCGUCCUUCGUGGGCACAGGAUGGCUCCUUCCUCGUGUUCCGUCAACUCAAACAGCUCGUCCCUGAAUUCAACAAGUACUUGCUUGAUAACAGUAUCCAAGCUCCUAGCUUGCAAUUGACGGUCCAACAAGGUGCCGACUUAUUGGGUGCGCGAAUGGUUGGACGCUGGAAGAGCGGUGCCCCCACAUAUCUCGCUCCAUUGGCGGAUGAUCCGCAGCUCGGCUCAGACCCUUCGCGGAAUAAUGAUUUCACCUUUGCACCGACUGGACAGAAUACUUCCAGCCUUACAGAUCAGACUCUCUGUCCCUUCAGCUCGCACAUUAGGAAGACCAGGCCGAGAGCCGAUCUUGGUUUGCCUGAAAAUAAGAGCAACACCCACCAUGUCGUCCGAGGAGGCAUUCCUUAUGGGCCCGAACAAUCCGACGACGAAAUUUCCUCUGAAACCACUCAAACCGAACGUGGACUUGCUUUUGUCUGUUAUCAGUCCAGUAUCGCGGCCGGCUUCCAGUUCCUCCAGAGAACCUGGGCAAAUAAUCCCAACUUCGUCCAUGGAAGCACCGGAUUCGACCCCAUCAUUGGUGCUUCCGCGGGUGCCUCUCGCGCAGUCAAUGGACUGGACCCCACGUCUUCGGCCAGCAGUCUGACCAUGACGACGGACUUCGUUGUGUCUCGCGGUGGCGAGUACUUCUUCUCUCCUUCGAUUUCUGCGCUCGCUACAGUAUUAUCAACGUAA